AGGUUUUUUAGCUGAGGUAAUGCGAGACCAUUGACACAAACCUGAGUUUUAGCUGUCCAGACAUGGCUGUGAGACGUUUCUAUGAGAGAUUACGUAAGUAAGAGCUUCGAAUACGAUGUUUAAACCCGAAACUUCUAUAAGCAACUAUAGCGUUAGCGGACGGUCAACGGAGAUACGAUUACAGUUUAUUAUUAUUAUUAUUAUCCUACGUCGAAAAGCAAUCUUUCCGUUAGCAUACUAUACCCAUUACGUCGUGCGAAUGCUUCAUCCAUUCUCAGCCAAAUUCUGUUUAGCGUCAGAGUUCCAGGCUCCCAAUAAAGCCUAUGAUUCGGGCUAGAGCGUGCAUCUUUGUAUACAAGUACAUUUAGCUUAUUGACAAUUUUCAGAUGCUAACGAUGCCCUUUGAAGGCUUUCGUCGUAAGAGGAUCGACAUGCUAAAUUUGAAUAUAUCUGUGAAUUUUUUCGUUUUUUCGCAUUACAGCAUUUGACUCAGCCUUCGAAUACUUCAUCUUCGGAUAAAGGUUAGGCUUCAUGCAAGUACAGGAUGACUGACACUAGCUAUGUUAGUACUUUAUCGGUAUCGUUCAAUCAGCGAACAACUUUGCUUUGUUUAACAGCUCAAAUGUAGGUAAUCUUAUGUAGAUUGGUGAUAGAUUAGAAUUGGUGCUGUUGUUAGAGAGAUAUACACGAGAAUACGAAUUAUGAUAGAUGUGUACGGUGAACCGUUACAUUAGUCUACUAGACAAUACAGAUUCCGUAAUAAGACCACCAAGCGGGCUGCAGCGAUCCAGGAACAGAGAGAGACUCUAAAACUAUUGUUCAUCAAUGGACCUCACUGCAGUGGCUCACAAUGCCGAGUAAAACAGUCUAUGCGAAAGAUAAUACUUCGUUGAACCUGCAGAUUCGCCCCAGAGUGCCGCGAGCGUCGCUGAAUGACACAGUUCGAGAUUUUUUAAGAUACCGUCAGGCCAAAAACGUAAAGUGGUAUCCACGACUACACUCUCACGAUAUGGUAUAGCUGCAAUUUUAUAAUAGUUAGGAGUAACGUAAAAAAACGAUAUCUCUGGGAAAAAUGUUUUCUUUUUUGUUCGCAAUACAACAAGCUCGCUACGGGUUCGAAUUUAGAUGGGAGACAAGACUGCUUUUUCAGGUAAUUAACGGCUAAGAAAAUAUCGAGAGCUUAGUGUCACAUUUUUUCCACGGGCUUAUCGAUGCUGGGGAUACAGGCAAUCGGAAACCUGGAACCAGUGACAAGAAGCAUCACAGUAACCCAACAAGAACAACGAUAGCGCCACACAGAGUGGACAAUUUUUGACACAAACGGGUCUGGGAUGGGUCUCGGGUUGCGACCCUGAAUUAAUUUGAAUUGAUUCGAAAACGGAACGACAAUGUUCGGACCAAAUCGUUGCAAUUCGGCGUGUGUAAGGCUCGUGAGCAGGUAGGAGCGGAUGUUAUACAUUCCGAAUGUUGUUAUUAUUACCACGUAAAUCGUGUCGUGGAUAACAGUCAUCAUAAUACAUUAUUUGUUAAGAUGAUCGUAAGCGAAAGGCUUAUUAACGUAAGUAUGUGAACGGUCUAAUCGAAUGGAUAAUAUUCUUCUCUAAUUAGGAUAGAGACAGGCGUAAUUACGUAUUCGAAAUAGAUCGAUUUAUUUUUAAGGUAACUUUCGCUUUUGGAUAGUUUCUCAUAAGAGUUUACUUUAUCGUACGGGCAUUGAAAACUAGGAAAAAAUGGUCGAAAAUUUUCAAGCGAGCCUGAAAAAACAUUAUAACUAGCUAGCCUCACUACUAACACCAUUGAUAUCUCACACAACUUUUUGCAGAUAACAAAUAUAAUUUUAAGAACAUUCUAGCAUCUAUGUUGUUUGACUAUGAUAGUAAUGAAUCUUCUACCGCUGUACCGUUAAUUCACGGUUGCCCACGCUACGCGCUGACUUUUUUCGUGCUGACUGGCGCGUCUGCUCAGAAUGCAAAUAAUCCUGCUCUCUUUCCACUGUAUUGCAUAAAAAUCCGUUUAAAAAUAAAGAAAAAAAGGUGUAAAUUUUGCUAUCAGCGUAGGAUCAAUCGUACUCAAAUUUAUGUAGCUCAUAGCAUAGUACAACGAUGAGCCCAACUAAUUUAAGCGUAUCUUUUUUUUUCUAAUUCUAAAGCCAACUUGUUCUAGAAGUGUAUGUCUGCUGCUCCGUCAAAUAAAUCGCUACUGACGCUGGCUGCAAUACAAAGCAGUUUUCCCCAAUGAUAAAGAUCAACGUGACGGGCAUCUGUAAUUCAGUGUUCGUUGAGACAUCCCCUGUCCCCACGAAAAACAAAGAAAUACGAGUUUAGAUGACACGUUUCGCCUUCCACUCGGGACCAGUUGAUGAUUCAUCGCUGAUCGCGCGUCUGUUACUACAGCGACUGGCAUCACCUUUACGCUUGCCAUCUUCGUCGAUUUGUCCGUCUGUCUGCCAAUCAUGUUUGCUGUUGUGACAGUCCAUGUGUUCUGUCCAUCAGUUUUCUGCCCGGCUUUCUCUCGUUCGUCUUUUCCUUAAGCUCCCUCGAAUCUUCAAGUAGCAUCAAACAUGACUGCUAGCUUCCCUUGAUCCUCGCUCGCCGAUCGCUGUUUUCUGACUGCUGUAGAGGAGAGUUCGCGACGAAGAGGCGACAGCGAAGUGGGGAGAGGCCUAGCGACAACCAGUCAGCACUUAGCGAAAGAAAACACUCACACGCUCAGUGUUCAACGCGUGAACAACUGCUACUGUUAUUGUAUAGGCAAAUACCGUUCCCUUAGUCGGUGCCACCAUGGACCUCUCGGUGUUUGCUGUCGUUCACAGCGGAUCGCCCGCCCCCGGAGAUUUGCAUGGGGCCCUCCCUCUUGCCAGUAAGCGAUACUGCUCGCCAAACAAUAACGUCGUUGCUUCGAAGGAAAGGGAACUGCCCGCCAAUGAAGCUGAGCGCAAACGUCUGCCUUAGCGUUCGUCCUACUCACACUUACUCUCCGUAUGACUUUAUUUGACUGGCUAGUUGAGUCAGUGGGCUAGUGAGCUGUGCAGUGUGCCAUUUACCGUACGUGUCCGUUGCCAUGUGCGGUCUCGGCCGAUCACAGGAAAAAACGAACUUUGCAGCAAAGUUAGGGAAGGUGGCAGUUACAGCGGUCUCACUAACCAAACAGCGAAAUGUUCUAUUGACUAGUGGGGCAUGUGAUCGUUCGAGGUGUCGCAAUACGUUUAGUUAUUGAAGCGACGGCCGUCCUGUUCCUCCAGCUAUACGGUGCUGAAACCGCAACGACAAAGCAGCAGAAACGCAAGCUAACAGCCUCCAGCGCUCUAUAGCGUGUGUCCCAUUGCCAUUGUGUAAGAAGUGAUCGGCAACACGUCUGGCUCGAAUCAGCCGUCUUUGCCGAGUUAUCUCUGCAUGCAGUGCUCUCCGUCGGGCAGAAAAAUACACGCUUGCCACACGAGCAAGCAUUGUUGUGUGCUCUAACUGGAUAUAGUCUAGCCAACGAGCGUAGAGCGGCGGCGCUGUUAACCAUGCUUUCGUUCCGCGAGAGACGUACCGCCACUGCCAGCCACCGUUACCAUCGUCACUCUCAACGUGCGCAGCGUGUGGUCUCCCGCAUACAAAAUAAACUCAUCUAGCCAGCCAGCCAGCCAGCCAGCUACCCAGCCAGCCUGUGGUGUCACAAGUUGAGCCAGAGCUGGAUAUUCUUGAAUGUCUUUGCUAAGCGUCAGCCACGCCGGCUACCGUGCAGAUCGCCGUGAGACAGAUUUUUCUAUAGCCGCCAGGAGAGGAGGAUCCGUUUGAAUCAGUCUGCCGGUGGACUUAUCACUACGGCUACUGCUACUACGGAAGAGUACUGGCUUAGUAGUUUUUCUACGGCUGGCCUUUUCGUACAUCUUUCAUUGAUGAGUACUCGAAUAUAUUAACGGGAAUACGGCCCCACCAACAAUAACAGCAGCAAUUAAGCGCCUGUUCCGGUUAGCGCUGACGCUGUCAUCGUAGUUGUUUUGGUGGAGUCCGUAAAGCUCUCGGUCGAACGACGGAGUUGAUUACGUUGUGCAUACGUACAGGCAUGGGCCGCACCUCUUCAUAGCAGCAGCAGCAGCAGCAACAGGCCCUGUUGUUAUCAAGUUAGAUUAGUGGUGCAUGGUGGUGCCAGUGGCUAAGAAAUGCCCACCCGUGUAGCAAUUCACCGUUCAUAUCGUUUACCACAACAGUAACUGAUGUUGUUUUGGUGGUGUUUGUUUGUCUAUCUAUCCGCUGCUGGGUGAGUGCGUGUACCCAUUCAGGACGGUCCUGGUGGCGACCCGAUACUUACCAAACGGUGUUACGCUCAUUGCAAUCGGCCCCUGGCCACAGCGGCAACAGCUACUGCUUCUGCUACUACAACUAUUAACCCCGAAGGGAGGGAAAGGACGGAACGUAAUAAACGGUCGAUCAGAUAACUGAGCCGAUCAGUCAGAGCCGUAGUAGUAGUACCAACUAAGAGUUAUAGUCGUUGAUUCAAGUGUCGGAUCGAUUGGAUGGCUCAUUUCGUCGGAUUGUUACUUGGAGAUUCUCCUCAGUCGCGGUCAAACGGAGUCCGGCGUUUGGAAGCCUGGGAUUGAUAAAGGCUCAAAUGCACCAGGAUUGACGAAAGCGACAGAUGUCGUUUUAAGUGACGACAUGGCACCAAAGGACCAUGAGCCUCGGGACAACUAUUUUGCUCUCCUAACAACAGCAACAACAACGACAACAACGACAACGAUAACGGUCGCUAGUGAUAACGUUGACGAGAAGCGGUCAUCGUGCUUGUUGCUUAUAUCGGUGACACCGAAUGAAUCCCAAGGGACAGAAUCCUUGGGUCCACAAUUUGCGGACCAGCAACAGUCGACCGUGCCUGCCGGAACGAACGACUCAUCAAACGGGGCUUUGUUAAUGUCUCCGUCGACCUCUUCUAGCCUAAGUGAUCAGCCUCUUGUUCAGUUGGCAAGUCCAGCUGCCGCGUCUAGCACAAUUAGCAGCUCUUCGAUGACGCCAACUUUCGCUGUGACAACAUCUACAACAGGUAGCACCACGACGGCGGGAAACAUUGGGUUAACCGCAUCAAAAAGCGCACUCACAUCCACCGCCUUGGUUGAGCCCGAUGCUCCACGUGCCCGUAGUAGGUCAGCAACUUUCUUUCGGCGCAUCUCAUUCCGUGGACUUCGUCGGAAUCUCUUUAACAACCACAGUAAUGCUAACAGCACUGGGGCAUCAAGCGAACAAGAUGCUACUCCUUCAACUUCCGUUCCUGGAACAGAACUAUCUAAUGGCGAGACCGGUGCUGCUCCAGCAGCAGCAGCAACAGCAGCAGCAGCAAACCCCAGUGGUGGAAGCGGCGGCGGGGGAGGACUUUUGUCUGCUGGACCUCGAGCUGUGCGUUCUCGUUUGGAGCGUCUUCGACAGCAUCGGAUCGCCGCGGAGUGCUUGAAGGAGGCGGUUGUCGAACUUCUUGUUCCAGACGAUGAUGAAAUUGGUGGAACUGGAGCGGCAGGUCUUGGGGCACAUCCCAGAGGCCAUAAAUGGACAAGAUGUCGGCUCUCGCUAGUACGAAUAUCUGCUGGAUGUCUAUUGGAAUUUUACGUUCCUCCCAAAGCACUCCGAGCAAAAAAAGGAGUUUUUUGUAUGCUACUAACGGAAGUUCGUGAAACAACUGCGCUGGAAAUGCCUGAUCAUGAAAACACAUUCGUCCUACGCGCGACCCAAGCGGGAUACGCAUUAGCUGCAAGGUGUACCACAGGAGCGACAGCAUCUGCGACCAGCUCUCAGCAGUCUCAACAAAAGGUCCCUACGCAACAACGACAGUCAGGGGCCUUAGUUAACGUAACGACCACAACCGUCGCCAGUGCACAGUACAAUUCAACGACACAGACACUUAACGCUGGUCGACGCUCAGAGACACUCGGGUGUUCACGUGCGAGUGCAGUAACAGCAAAUCGAAGCAAGGAACCCGAGAAUGCUGCAAGAACUGAAAUUUCUACUUCUGAUGGAGGAGCAACUGCUGGAACAAACCUACGACCUCAACAAGAGUUCAUUAUACAAGCUGGCGAUGCGGCCGCAAUGCGCGGCUGGAUAAACAGUUUACGCUUCUAUGCGGGCGUAGGUUCUGGGGACGGUUCAAUGUCAGGUCUAGGUCUCGCAGGAUCGUCUUUGGGUGGCGACGGCUAUCCACAUUUAGCGACGCAUCACGAUUCAACCGGAAGUCACCGACCACGCUCAGCAACUGCUGCCUCGGAUACUUUGAACCGGUUACGCGAGCAGGCCUCAAACAAGCGGCAACCACCGCUUGAGGAAACACCCAUUCCUCCGGGAAGUGGCCCUACAACUAACGCGUCUGGUCGACUAGUAGCGCUUUCGGAAAGUCAGGGAGCUCUCGGGGCUGGAGCACAAGGAGGACUCGUUCUUUUUGCAGGGACCACCGAUACUGAAGGGGACAUUGCCGCUCAAUUAGUCGAGUAUCCCUGGUUUCAUGGCACGCUAUCCAGACAGGAUGCCGCCAUGUUGGUAUUACGAGAUGGACCAUCAGCUCACGGCUUCUUCCUCGUACGACAAUCUGAAACACGAAAGGGAGAGUUUGUACUCACCUUUAAUUUCCAAGGUCGAGCAAAGCAUUUACGUAUGACGAUCAACGGCGAGGGCCAGUGUCAUGUACAGCACCUAUGGUUCCAAAGCGUAUUCGAUAUGCUUGAACAUUUCCGAUUGCACGCCAUUCCCCUCGAGAGUGGAGGAACAUCCGAUGUGACCCUUACCGAGUUUGUACUCAAUCAACCGUUCAUUCUCCAUACGACGCCUCCGUCCAACGCAACAACGCUGCAUACGCCGACCCAGUCUCCUGCCACGGGUCACGACAUCAUGAUGCCACAUGACCUAAGCCUAGAAGGUGACGCAGAUCAUGUAAUGAGCUCUCGCCAUGGAACGACAAAUCACUCGCAUGGUGGAGCGACUGUAGGAUUUGAGAUAGGGGCUGGAGGCCAUGGAGUCAUCGACAGCUUACAGAGUUCGUGGGCCGGUUCUGUCCGCCAUCGGGUCGUAUCGCUUGAGAACCUCGUCAGUGGGGGUGUCACCGGGACAGUCGGAACCCAGCAGAACUCCUCUUCCGGACAGCUCAAAGGACGCGCCGUAGAAAACACCUAUUCGUUUGUCUGAAACAAGGGAUUUUGCUAGAUGGAGGCGUAAGAGCGAGGUGUGCUCUCAUCAAAGUUGAAAACUACGUGCAAAAUACGGUUACCAAAAAUGCGUUGUUCUUCUUCCAUAUACUAAUUUAAUGUGUGAGCCUUUUGUGUUGCAUUCAUUGUUAAACUGACGUGGGAGUCGGGAAGGAAGUACAAACAAGCAGGAUUAGCCUCAACCCUGUUACAGCAUAGGCCUAUAAACAGUAGCUAGUGUCAACGAAAUGAAGAAAAUCAAGUUCCGAUAUGAAAUAUUGAUCAUUAUAUGAGCACGAGUUACGAGAAGCUACGCGUUACGUUGUUCAAAUAGGUCACCAAAGUACGUACCCUCUUUUCCAAACGAGUUUUGUGAUUCCGAGGAAAAUAUCGACUUUAUACGGGACGGUCAAACCUUGUUAGUAGUUUGCAGUUGGCAAGAUUGGUCCAAGGGUUAUGCGCUUCAGGCAAAUUGGAUAAGGGUUUAUCUAGAAUAAAUGAUAUCCUUUCAAAUACGCAGUCGAUCAUUGCCUUCUUCUAGGCAUAUAUUAGUAAAUGCCAAUAAUAGCAAAAUCAAAUAGACCACCGAUUUUGCACCAUUUCAUUUAUUCUAUAUUGCCAAAUUGACUGGGUAGCUGUAAAACUUUCCCUAGGACUUCGUGAGCAAUUUACGUUUGUCUUUCUUGUUUUUUUUUUUUUGCAUAGGAGUAUAUCAUCGUCGUGCAUAGAGACUCAGAUAACGAA